AUGACAACGGAAACAAUACUGCCUAUGAUAGCACUAUUGGAAACAGAUCAUAAAUUAACAACGAUUGAUCUACGUGAGAAUAAAAUUGCCACCGAUGGAGCCAGAGCGUUAGCAGAAAUGCUUAAACUCAAUAGAACACUAACAACGAUUGAUCUAAGCGAUAAUGGACUUUCUGCCAAUGGAGCCAAAGCUUUAGCAGAAAUGCUUAAAGUCAAUACAACGUUAACAACGAUUGGUCUAAAUUGGAAUAAAAUUGCCACCGAUGGAGCCAAAGCGUUAGCAGAAGUGCUUAAAGUCAAUACAACAUUAACAACGAUUCAUGGACGUAGGAAUGAAAUUUCCGACGAUGGAACCAAAGCUUUAGCGGAAAUGCUUAAAGUCAAUAGAACAUUAACAACGAUUGAUCUAAGCGAUAAUGGACUUUCUGCCGAUGGAGCCAAAGCUUUAGCAGAAAUGCUUAAAGUCAAUACAACAUUAACAACGAUUGGUCUAAACUGGAACAAAAUUGCCACCGAUGGAGUCAAAGCUUUAGCAGAAGUACUUAAAGUCAAUAAAACAUUAACAACGAUUGGUCUAAAUUGGAAUAAAAUUGCCACCGAUAGAGCCAAAGCUUUAGCAGAAAUGCUUAAAGUCAAUAGAACAUUAACAACAAUUGAUCUACGUAGGAAUGAAGUUUCCGACGAUGGAGCCAAAGCUUUAGCAGAAAUGCUUAAAGUCAAUAGAACAUUAACAAUGAUUGAUCUGCGGGACAAUAUAAUUUCCGACGAUGGAGCCAAAGCUUUAGCGGAAAUGCUGAAAGUUCAAUAG